UCAAAAUCAUCACCCCAACUUCCUUCCUCUUGGCUUGUUUUUUGGGGUCGCACGCGUGUGGGUCACUUGUUAGCCACUUGGGCUCACAGCUCCACGAUGUAAAGCUGGGGCAGCCGGGUCAAGUGCUGGGCGCGAGGGCCGGGCGGCUUUUUUUUUCCGCAAGGUCUCAUGGGCCAAGGCUUGGAGAUCGUCCAAGAGUGCUGGGUGCGGGAGGACGCCCGCGGCCACCGCGCCCUGCCCCGGCGACCCUAUGCUGGUGGUGCUGGAGCCAUCAGCGCCUCCCACAGCGCUUCGGCGCCCCGCGCGCCGGCACGAGCGCGCGCGGGCGCGGGGCCGCUGCCGCCGCCGGAGACCGAGCGCUUUCAAGGUGCGCGGCACUCCUGGAGCCCUGGAGAGGGCGCCGAAGGCGACCGGUGCCAGCGAGUGGCGCCACCGACGCCGAGUGCCAAGACGCCGCGCGUGGUGGGACAUUGGCACUCGCUGGGCUUGGCCGGACAUCACAUCGACUGGCCGUUGAGCCACGCGGAACGCUGGCAACGACUACUCGGCCUCUAUCAGCGCGAAGAAGGGGCCACCCAAGCCCUGGAGGAGGAGGAUGAUUGGCAGCAGCUCAAGCAGCGCUUGCAAGAGCUAACUGAGCUUAUGGAGUGCUCUGCACGGUGGCGCUUUGCGGCGGACAGCGCUCAGCAGGUGGAGGGCCGACUGAGAGCCUUGGAGGCCGAGAACUUGGAGCUGACGCGAAAGCUCCAAGCUUCGAGUUCCGCGUCCGGCUCGGAGGGCGAGCCCCGCCGCUCCCUUGUGAUGACGCCCGCCUCGCAGCGCGGCGCGACGGGUUGACGACCUGAGUCAUGGGGCGUCACCGGAGCCUGAGUGGCACAACAACGAGAGGUCCACAUGGAGAACAGCUCCAGGAUCAGAAGCACUUAUGGUGGAUGUUUCAUCAUGAAACGUCGAGCAAGGCAGGCGUGGCGCUUGUUUUCCGGUGAGGACAUGUUAUUGAUUUCUGGUACCGAUCAGGAGGAAAAACCUCCUGAGUAGCUGGAGCAAUGUGCGAGCUCAGCUUAACCUAUGCGAGCUUUCUGUGGCCUGGAGACCACGUCCAUCGCCAACGAUCAUAGUGAACUUGAUGUUGCGCCGCAAGCCGCAGAAGACGAGGGUUGGUCAGCC